GGGCAAGAAGCAGCGCCUGAGCAAGAAGCUGCGGAGAAAGUUACAGAUGUGGCUGUGGUCGCAGACCUUCUGCCCCGUGCUGUACGCGUGGAACGACCUGGGCAGCCGCUUUUGGCCGCGCUACGUGAAGGUGGGCAGCUGCUUCAGCAAGCGCUCGUGCUCCGUGCCCGAGGGCAUGGUGUGCAAGCCGUCCAAGUCCGUGCACCUCACGGUGCUGCGGUGGCGCUGUCAGCGGCGCGGGGGCCAGCGCUGCGGCUGGAUUCCCAUCCAGUACCCCAUCAUUUCCGAGUGCAAGUGCUCGUGCUAGAACUCGGGGGCCCCCUGCCGCACCCGGACACUUGAUCGAUCCCCACCGACGCCCCCUGCACCGCCUCCAACCAGUCCACCACCCUCUAGCGAGGGUUUUCAAUGAACUUUUUUUUUUUUUUUUUUUUUUGGCUACAGAGACCUAGCUUUCUGGUUCAUGUAAUGCACUGUUUAACUGUGUAGGAAUGUAUAUGUGUGUGUAUAUACGGUCCCAGUUUUAAUUUACUUAUUAAAAGGUCAGUAUUAUACGUUAAAAGUUACCGGCUUCUACUGUAUUUUUAAAAAAUAUAUAUAAGCAAAAGAAAAAAAAAGAACAGAGAAAAAAGAGACUUAUUCUGGUUGUUGCUAAUAAUGUUAACCUGCUAUUUAUAUUCCGAUGCCCUUCGCAUGGCGAAGCAGGGGGUAAAAGUUAUUUUUUCUUAAAGUACAAAGAGAGGGGGGAACUUUUGUAGAAGGACUUUUUAAAAGCUAUUUUCCAUUCUUCGGAAAAUGUUUUGGUUUUCCUUGGACCUCGAAGAAGCUAUAGAGUUCAAUGUUAUUUUACAGUUAUUGUAAAUAUAGAGAACAAAUGGAAUGACUAAUCAUUGUAAAUUAAGAGUAUCUGCUAUUUAUUCUUUAUAAUAUCCCGUGUAGUAAAUGAGAAAAAAAAAAA